GUUGUGGUUCUUACAAAAUCUGAAGGAUUUGACUAGGAAUUUGAAGGUGACCAUAAUUUCAGAUAGGUGACAGGACAUAAUGGCAAGCGUUGCUGAAGUGUAUGGAGCUGAGUUUCAUGCAUAUUCUUAUUGUAGCAUCAAGGAGAGCUUUGAGGCAGAAGUUGAAAAAAUGCAUUUGUAGUGGGAAAAAGGUAACUGAAUAUGUACUAAAACUCUUGAAUGAAGUUGUUUGUGCAAGGAUUGGGCUGGAUUACAAUGCUCCUUUAGAAAAAUUGAGUAGCUAUAAUGAAAAUCUAGGCAAGUGGGUGGUGGAGAAUCAACCAGAACAUUGGGUCUUAUCAAAAUUUCCUUAUCCUCAAUGGGAUCUUCUAACUAGCAAUAACUUAGAGUCUACCAUCCCAUGUAUAAAAUUGGAGAAUUAUCACACUGUCCUUUCCUUUAUUACCAAGCACAGAGAAAAGUUGGCCAAAAAGUUGUGGGCCUCUAAAGCUGCUAUAAGUUCUUGGAUAAAAGGUGUUGGUCUCACUGUAGAACAGAAGUUAAUGGAAAACAUUGCAAGAAGUCAAGAGAUGCAAGUCUUAGCUUAUUCAGAUCAAUCAGCAAAGGUUGGUACUGUAAAUGGUGAUCACUUUGUUAACUUGGCUAGUGAGGAGUGCACAUGUGCAGCAUGGCAAAUGUUUGGUAUUCCAUGCCCUCAUGCAGCUGCUGUGAUUCAAUACUUGAGGGGUAAUAUUUACAAUUUUGUUGCUGAAUGGUAUGGUAGAAGCAAGCAAGAGUUGAUUUAACACAAUAGUUCCAGUGGAGACCCCUGAUAUUCUCCAGUUGGAUACUACAGACAGCUGCGUGCAUGACUCAGAUGAAGUUGUCUUGCUGCCACCUAUUAUUAAGCACUCAGCUGGUCGGCAUCCUCGUCCACAAGAGGAGCAAAUUGAUUCACAAACAACAAAAAGAAAGAACAUAUUAUGCUCUCAAUGUCAUUUAGGUGGUCACAAUCAGAGAAAUUGCAAAACUCCAGAUCUUAAUGAACUGCAUGCUGCAUAAGUAUUUCUAUGUAAAUCUAGCAUUAUCUUGCCUCGUAUGCUUUUAGUUUGAUUGCAUAAUAGUCUAUUACUUUGGCUACUCAAAACUUUGAUGCUUUAGUAGGCGGGCAAAAUUUUGAGUGUUC